CAGCCUUCCCGACGCCUCCCGACGCCCGCGCACUGUACGGACGGGUAUUUAGCACUGCGGCCGCCACUCCACUCCACCCCCCGCGACCGCCCGACGGAAUUCACCCACCGUCUCCCUCAUUUCUUUACCCACCAUUUACCUUAUUACCGCACAAAGAUCUCGCCCGCCGCCUUCGAUUCCGUCCCAAAAAUCCGAGCUUUCAGCGGGAGCAGGGCUGGUGGGGCGGGGGUCGGCCAUGGACGCGAUGCCGCCGGAGGGCAUUGUGAAGGAGGAGGAGGUGCUGCUGCACGAGGAGCGCACGCACCCGGCGGCCGCGCCGCCGCAGCAGCGGCAGGACGGGGCGCUGCCGCGGCCGAUGGAGGGGCUGCACGAGGCCGGGCCGCCGCCGUUCCUCACCAAGACGUACGACCUGGUGGAGGACCCGGCCACGGACCAGGUCGUGUCCUGGGGCCGCGCCGGCAACACCUUCGUCGUCUGGGACCCGCACGUCUUCGCCGAGGCCCUGCUCCCGCGCCUCUUCAAGCACUCCAACUUCUCCAGCUUCGUCCGCCAGCUCAACACCUAUGGAUUCAGAAAGGUUGAUCCUGACAGAUGGGAGUUUGCAAAUGAAGGUUUCCUUAGGGGUCAGAGGCAUCUUCUCAAGACGAUCAAGAGAAGGAAGCCGCCAUCCAAUGCGCCCUCAUCACAGCAGCAGGCCCUCACAUCUUGCCUGGAGGUUGGUGAGUUUGGAUUUGAGGAAGAGAUUGACAGGCUCAAGCGCGACAAGAACCUCUUGAUCACAGAGGUAGUGAAGCUAAGGCAGGAGCAGCAAGCUACUAAGGAUAAUGUGCAAGCCAUGGAAGGCAGGCUACGAGCUGCUGAACAGAGACAGGCCCAGAUGAUGGGGUUCUUGGCAAGAGCAAUGCGUAACCCACACUUCUUCCAGCAAUUAGUCCAGAAGCAAGAUAAGAGGAAGGAGCUUGAAGAUGCCAUCUCGAAGAAAAGAAGGCGGCCUAUAGACAAUGCUCCAUUUUAUGGUUCGGGGGCAACAACAAGUCAGAGCGAGCAACUUGAUUCACAGUUCCUGUUUGAUUCUGGUGUCCUCAGUGAACCUGGAAUGAACGGGAUGGAGAAUUUAGCGCAGAACAUUCAGGAGCUUGGGCAGGGCAAAACAGACGAGGAGAAGAAGGAUGAAGCUAAUGGGCAGCUGGACAUCAACAGCGAUUUCUGGGCAGAGCUAUUUUCUGAUGAUUUUGGAGACGAAGACGGGUCUGGGCUGUCAGAGUUGGAGGGAAGGAGACCUGAAGAUAUCGAUGAACUGGGUCAGCAGUUGGGGUAUCUGAGUUCUACUAGCCCGCAGUAGAGUUUUGUUCACAGUGGUUCACUUCAACCAACAAACAUUGCUUCUUCAGUACUACUAUUGCAGAUCAUCUUGAACAAUCUGAUUUAGUUGAUUGGUGGCAACAUGACUGGCUAUCUGAGGUGUUCCAUACCGGGGAUUGGAACACCUCUGGGUAGGGAGUAGAAGCUGAAGACUAAUUGCUGCGUCGCUUGAUGGAGACCCAUGACGUGUAUUGAAUGGUUACCUAAACUCGUAACUCUGAAGAAGAUGGUCCAGGUAGUCGACAUUCGGUUGUUCUGAGCUGGUGUUCAGCAGCAGUAGCUGUGGAAGUGUGUUACUGUAUAUACUCGUUGGGUGAAGCUUUGUUGUGAAAGUCUGAUCUGUAGUCAGCCGUUGGCAUCUGGGUGUGGGUUCAGUCAUUUCUCCUUCUGCCGUCCAUUUGCCAAUUUACCUUACUUUUAGGGCCUGUGUCCUGUGUGAUGAUUGGUAGUGUAUGCUGCAACCUCUGUUAUAUUGAGAUAAUAAAUGUUGAUAACCUUUGCAAGGUACUAUUGAUUAGUGGUCU